AUGGCAUCUUUCUUAUUUUUGCUAUUUCCCGUUUCUGUGUUGGCACAUGGUUUUGUAGGGUCCGUCACUAUCGACGGGACGACUUAUGAAGGCAACAUCCCGGGAGGUACAACGAAUCCUAGUGUCAUUCGACAGGUUUCGACUAUCGAUCCUGUUAAAGGUGCUACUAAUCCGUCAUUGAAUUGCGGAAUGAACGCCACGGAGGCUUCAGACGUCGCCAAUGCUAACCCCAGUAGCCAAAUUCUCAUUUAUUGGGUCGGCGGCUCUACUGGUGAUUCAAAUUGGCCACACAACGUCGGACCUAUUAUGCAUUACAUGACCAAGUGUAGUAGCUCCUGUUCCUCUUACGAUUCCGCGAAUGCCGAGUGGUUCAAGAUCUCCGAACUUGGACUCGAAACGAGUGACACUUGGUAUCUAGCUAACCUGGUCGCUGGGAAGCCUGCAAAUGUUACCAUACCCUCCAACAUACAGCCUGGGGAUUACUUGCUACGCUCCGAAAUCAUCUCCCUUCAACUUGCCACAUCUGUCGGCGGUGCCGAGUUCUACCCUGCCUGUAUCCAGUUGAGCAUCGGAGGUUCAGGCACUGGUGCUCCGCAGGGCAACGAGGUGUGUCAAUUCCCAGGCUGCUACACCGAUACGGAAGCUGGAAUAUACACACCCAAUAUUUACAACCCUCCGAUCAACUACACCUUCCCCGGUCCCCCUGUUGCUGCCUUUGUGGAUGGAAGAUCUGACUCUGGCUCUAGUUCCGGCCCUGGGACGCCAAUACCCACUAACACAUCUUCCGUAUAUGCGCCGUCCUCCACUUCCUCUCCUCCGUCCCCGAUGCCACAUCAACUUUCCCACCUUCGUCUCCAUCCACAGGAAGCCAGACAUGUAAGCUGGUUUCUCGCUCCAACCCUACAUGCAUAG